AUGCCAACUUGCAGCCAAAACAAGAAAUGCACACAAAAUAGAAUAAAAUGUCACCGAGUUCCGAUCUCACCACGCACCUGUAUUGACAGCCACAGAAUACCACAUUUUAACCCACAAUUUUGCUCUCCAAGAUGCCAUAAUCCCUUCAUACAUUCCCAUUAUCCAAACGCCGCUCGUUGUAUGGCAUCAGUCAGAAAGUGUCACGACUGUUCAGACGAAUCAGAGGAUGAAGAAACAAAUGAAAACGUAAAGAUAAUCCAAUGCCCUUAUACCCCUUCCAUGCAGGACGUGGAAUGUCAAGACGAAAAUACUAAACUUAAAACCUGCUGUGUUCCUAACGUCGAUUCAAAAGGGUCCCCACAAAUAUUGCCUCCAGGAUUCAAAGCGCAUACAUCCGUUGAUAUAGCUAGUGACCCUCAAUCUUCAGUAGCACAGAGGCCGGAAGUGUGCUGCCGCGCUAAAAAGAGCUUGGAAAACGUUUCCAACCAGAAGCAAUCUCCUAAAGAGAUUUCAACCCCCAAAUCAAACCAACAGGAUCCGAAAAAUCCUGAACCAUGUUGCGCAAUAUCUAAAAAACUUUUCCAAACAAAUGAAGCACAAUCUAAAAUAUCAGCUCAAGGUAUUAAACACGAUACUGAUUCAUCUCUAAUCAAGCAUAUUGACAGUGAAGCUCAAAGCGUAGAAUCAGAGGGUAAUGUAUCUGAAAAGCCAUGCUGUGCUAGUGCCUAUCCUAGAAUCAAAACAGAACCAAUUUUGCCACCAAAAGGUAUCAGUGGAACCGCUAGACCGGGAUACGUUGUGAAUAAAGAGAGCGCGGAUCCGAUACCAGAUGAAAUACCAUCAGAAUGUAUGACUAACGGUGGAUGCAUUCAUGGCAUUUCGAGCAUAAUGCCCAGCAUAAAUGCAGCGAAACAAAAGAAGGAAAGAACUUGUUUUUGUGGUGCGAAAGGUAAAAAGGAAUCUCAUGUGUGUAAUGGAAGCAAAUGUUUGCUUGGUCAGAAGAGUUGCCCGUGUAGAUAUCCGCCAGGUUUCAGCCAAUUCAGCUGUGCUGGCAACAUUACCGGGGUAUGCAAGUGUAAUGGGGAAUUUAAAUAA